UAUAAAGGGAUGACUGAUAAAGAUUCGGACUUAUAAUUAAAUUGCAUUCAAUAAAAAGCAAUAAAUGUAAAAUAUAUUGGCAGUAAUGACAAAGGAUUUAGAAGAACAAGAUAAUUCAGUUAUUAUCAUUUCAGAUCCUUUACCUGAAAAGACAAAAUUCCCUAAGUCAGGAUUUUGUAAUGGAAGAUUGAGAUAUAAUCUUUUGAUGAAUAUAGUAAUAUGUGGUUUAAUAGUAGUACCAUUCUUUGUGCCAGUGAUUUAUUCAAUAGGGAUAUAGUGCUAUUUUUCGCUUUAAUGGUUUGUGUUCUUUUUACUUUACUUCAUCAAUACUAUAAGGAUCAUGAAUGCAAAUAAAUAAAAAAAAAGAAUAAAGGAUAAGUAGAAAGAUAAAAUAGAAAAUCUUGAAAUCAACUCAAACAAUACCAAUUUAUUAGAGAGUGAAACAAGUAACACAUUAAUAGAAUAAAAUCAGUAAAAAUAUAAAUAUAAAUUUAUCAUGAUGACAUUUAUAUACAAAGAGCCAAUAGAGCUACUUUCAAACACUUUAGAUAACUUAAAAGAAAUGUAUGGAUCCAACCAAAUAAUUGUAGCAGUUGGCUUUGAAGAGAGAACUCCUGAUAAAGAAGAAAAAAUUAAUUAAUUAAAGUAAAGGUUUUCCAAAGUAUUUGAAGAACUUAUCAUAACUAUUCAUCCAUUUGGAGUUGAAGGUGAAAUACCUGGAAAAUGCUCUAAUUGCAACUAUGUUUAAAGAUAGCUUGUUAUUCACUUAGAAAAAACAAGAACAAACUUUGAUAUCAAUGACUAUAUGCUGACUAAUUUUGACACUGAUACAAGAUUUUAGAAAAACUACUUGCAAAUGCUUGAGCAAUAAAUUAAAAAAAAAUGUAAAAAACCUGAAGAUAUUCAUGGAAUCGUUUGGUAACCAGUACUUUACUAUAAUUGGAAUUUGAAUUCAAGAACAUUUUUUGUAAGGAUAACCUCUUUACUUAGAAAUAUGCUUAUGAUGGGAGCAUUAAUUCCAUUUUAAAUAAAUGUCAUGAGUAUAUUUACUUUUUCUCUUAAACUAUGUGUUGAUGGAGGGUAUACUCAUCCAGCUUAUUAAAUGGAAGAUAUCAUUUGCUUUAUAAGAUGGUUCAUUAAGAAAAAAAAGAAAAUUAAAAUUAAACCAGUUUUCAGUCCAACUCUUUCAGGACCUACCUCAGGGCAUACAUUUUUUGAAGAGGUUUAUGAAUGGGCAACAUAAUUAAAAAGAUGGACAAUAGGAAGCGCUGAAGUUUUCCAUUAUUUUAUUGUUCAUUCUAAAAGGACUUAACCAAGUUUCAAAUAUACUCUUUGGGGUUUAUCGUAUUUCAAUUACUACGCUUUAUUUAUGAUAGGAUAAAGCUUCUUUACUAUCAGCUGUGCAGUAGCUUUUACCGUAUUUAAUCAAGACGAACUUGUUGGAUAUAAAUUUUAUAUUAGUGUAGGAACUCUUGGAUUUUAAUAUUUAAUUUACAUCUUGAUGUUUAUUGUAAAUGGUGCAUCUUAAUAUCUACUUGAUCCAAUCAGAGAAAAAGAAAAGUUUAACUUUUUUUUAACAUUGCUUCAUAUCAUAUUUUCCCCACUUACGCUUAUCGUCUAUUCAAUGAUAGCUUUUUAUGGUCUUUUCGAAGUUAUAUAUAAAGGGAAAAAGGCUUGCAACCAUAUAGCCUCCAAAAAGGAAGAGUUAAAAUGA